AUAGAUUUGUGCGUGGUUGUUGAACACUUCAGUGCGUUGAUUCAGGCAAGUAAUCGGCGCCCAAUGUUGUGGUCCUUGGUUCUUCGCAUGGAGGAGUUGACAGCCGAGGAAGGGAAAUAGUUGAUCUAAUCUGCGAUGACUGUGGUGAUUGGGUUCGAGGGCAGUGCCAACAAGAUUGGCAUUGGCAUCAUCCGGGAUGGCGAAGUGCUCUCCAACCCUCGGCGGACGUACAUUACCCCUCCUGGUCAAGGCUUCUUACCAAGUGACACAGCCAGACAUCAUCGCUCCGUUGUCCUGACUGUCUUGAAGGAGGCGUUGGAGCAAGCGGGACUGAAGCCCUCAGACAUAAACUGUGUGGCCUACACCAAAGGUCCUGGCAUGGGUGCCCCCCUGGUGACAGUGGCGCUGGUGGCCCGCACGGUGGCCCAACUGUGGGGGAAGCCCCUCCUCGGGGUCAAUCACUGUAUCGGCCACAUCGAGAUGGGCCGACUGAUCACCAAAGCCAAUAACCCCACCGUGCUUUACGUCAGCGGUGGGAACACACAGGUCAUUGCAUACUCAGAACGGCGUUACAGGAUCUUUGGGGAGACCAUAGACAUUGCAGUGGGCAACUGUUUGGACAGGUUUGCCAGAGUCAUCAAGAUUUCUAACGACCCCAGUCCUGGCUACAACAUAGAACAGCUGGCCAAGAAAGGCACGCACUAUGUGGAGCUUCCAUACACCGUCAAAGGAAUGGACGUGUCCUUUUCCGGGAUUCUCUCUUUUAUCGAGGAAGCUGCUCACAAGAUGCUGGGCUCUGGUCAGUGUACAGCCGAGGACUUGUGUUUCUCCCUGCAGGAGACAGUGUUCGCCAUGCUGGUGGAGAUCACAGAGAGAGCCAUGGCGCACUGCGGCUCCCAGGAAGUACUGAUUGUUGGCGGUGUUGGUUGUAACCUGCGGCUACAAGAGAUGAUGGGGGUCAUGUGCUCAGAAAGAGGCGCCAAACUUUUUGCCACAGACGAAAGUUUCUGCAUCGACAACGGAGCCAUGAUCGCUCAGGCCGGCUGGGAAAUGUUCCGAUCUGGCCAAGUGACGGAGCUGGAGGACUCCUGGAUCACGCAGAGGUACAGAACAGAUGAGGUGGAGGUGACGUGGAGGGACUGAUAAGGGAACCACUUUGAAACCAAUGUGGACUCCGACUCUCCUCAGGUAUUUUGCAGCCUCUGCGUGACCACUUUUCUCAAUCUGGACAUUUGAAUUAUUGUUCAUUCUUUAAUAAAGAAGUCAAUUAA